ACAACCACAACAACCACAACAGCAACCACAGUAACAACAACAACAACAACAACAGUCUCAAAAUGCAUUUGACAACAACGAGCAGUAAUUCGACGGCAUCCAAUGCCAAUUCCAACAACAACAACACCAACAACAACAACAACAAUAACAACAACACAGCCAACAACAACAACACAGCCAGCAGCAACAACAACAACAACAACAGCAACACAAAUGGCUCCAACAACAACAACAGCUCGAGCAGCAACAACAACAACACAGAGCAAAACACACCGCCCACACCCGCCCAGCUGCUGAACGAGGCCUACACAAAAAUGACCUCGGACAUUUUGGCUGAGCGCACGCUGGGCGACUUCCUCACCGAGCAUCCCGGCGAGCUGAUAAGAACCAGCAGUCCGCUCUUCGUCUGCACCGUCCUGCCGCCGCACUGGCGCUCCAACAAGACGCUGCCGGUGGCCUUCAAGGUGGUCUCCCUGGGCGACAUCAUGGACGGCACCAUGGUCACGGUGCGCGCCGGCAACGACGAGAACUACUGCGCCGAGCUGCGCAACUGCACCGCCGUCAUGAAGAACCAGGUGGCCAAGUUCAAUGACCUGCGCUUCGUGGGACGCAGCGGCCGAGGCAAGAGCUUCACACUAACCAUCACCGUGUCAACGAAUCCACCCCACAUAGCCACCUACAACAAGGCGAUCAAAGUGACUGUCGACGGGCCACGCGAACCGCGCUCCAAAACCAUGUUAUCCCUUUUAGGGCAACAACAACAAUUCCACUUUGCAUUUGGCCAGCGACCGUUCCACUUCUCCACGGAUCCACUGUCCGGCUUCCGCAUGCCGCCCAUUGGCAACUGUCAGAAUAUGUCCCAAUUUGGUUUAGGUGCCAGCAACACGCAUUGGGGCUAUGGAUCGGCGGCGUCUGCCUACUCGCCGUACUUGGCCAGCAGUGGACUCUCCUCCUGCACCACGCCCACAUCAGCACAGUUCAACAAUCCGGCACUGGGCUUCACCUGCUCGUCCAACGAUCAGACCAACAACCAGGACUUUAGUGGCGCCACCAAUCGCGACUGUGUGCCAAUGCUGCCCGACUCGACGGCCAGUGACUUGGACCAGCAUCUCAGCAGCCUGGUCGGCUCGACCAGCGGCCAGAUGUCGCACCACAGCCUGCUGGGCGCCAGCGGACAGACGUCCAUAACAUCGACGGUGAACGGGGCGAGCGCCGGCAGCGGCGCCACCGCUGGCAGCGCAACGGGCGCCGGCGGCGGCGGCGGUGGGGCCAAUUCGAUUCUGGUGCCGCGAUACCACACCAAUGCCAGCAACGAGUACAAUGUGCAUUCCAGCCAGAAUGGGCCGCGCAGCCUGAGCGACAGCUCGCAGGCCGAGUCGCCGGUGCAGGAGGACCUGCUGUCCACCAAUACACCCAACCUGGGCAGCGGCACUGGCGCCGGUGCGAGCAACGGUGGUGCCGCCAACGGUGCGGCGAGUGCAGCUGGCGCGGGCAGCGGUGGAGCAGCCGGAGCAUCAGCCGGCGCCGUCAAUCCCGCCAUGCUGGGCGCCAAUCAGAACUUUCCGGGCAUUGUGAACCAGGCCCAGCAUGCCUCCGCCUCGGCCUAUGGCGGCGGCGUCGGCGUCGGCGUCGGUGUGGGCGUGGGCGGCGGGCACGGCAGCGGCGCUGGGGCCACGGCCGCCGGCUGCAACGGCUCGCUGUAUCCGGUGCUGCCGGCCAGCCUGCUCUACUCGCAGCUGUACACUGCCGCCAAUCAGUCGGCGCACGGCUUCCACUCGCACACGCUGCCGGCGCACGCGUCGCCCAACUCGUCCGUGCACGGCGAGCUGCAGAGCGUCAUGGAUCACAUCAGCAACGUGGGCGUACGGCAGCAGCACAACAUCAUGGCCGGCGGGGGCGUGGCGCACCCGGGCGACCUCACGCUGAUCGGCAACUGCGGCGCAUCGGUGCGCAACAUCGAGGACGGGAACACCAACCGCCAGGUGGCCGCGCUCGCUGCCCAUCGCGGCCACCACAACCCAACUGACAACGGGGGCAGCGUCUGGAGGCCAUAUUGAGGUCAGGUUCUGUGGUGCGGCUCCGCAGUUCUUUAGUGCCACGAGCACGACGAGGGGCGAGCGGCGGAGAAGCAGCACGAGCCACUGCAAGGCAACGAUAAUGGGAGCGGGCAUCGGGAUUUGGGCGGGGCAAUGGACGGCAGCGGGUGCGGGGGCGGGGGAGGGGGCGUGGGUUACUGAGUGUACAUUUCUGUAUAUACAUUUUAUAGGCCAUACGAAAGAAAUUCGUGUUUUUUUUUUUUUUUUUUUUUUUUUUUUUUUGUAUGCAAAUGAUAAGCAAAAAGAUUUUAGUAGAAUUUGUUGGAGUUCGCCAAACUCAAAGCUAAAAAAAAAAAAUAAUAAAAAAUAAAUAAAACAAAAGAAUAAUAUAUAAAUGAAAAGAAUUAACUAUAAAUGGAAAACUACUUUACGUGUGUAUAGCCGUAGCAGCAUAGCAAAAAUUACUCAACUAGCAAAUGGAUGGUGCGAAGAGCCAAGGUGGGGCGUUUUCAGAAACGCUUUCGCCUCUAAAUCGCAAAUCGACGAGGCACUGAGCGAGCUGAGAACGUUUGCAGUAGAAUUUUAGAUAUUUUUAAGAAGUUGCGGAUAGAUGUGAAAGCAAGCCCCAAAGAAGAAGAAGAAGAAGACGAAGAACGAGAGAGUAACCCGCAACACUACGAAUUCUAGAUUCGAAAAGCAUCGCAUAUGAUGACAUAUAUAUAUAUAUAGAUAUAUAAUUUUUUUUGUAGUUGUUCUCGAUGUUUAUGAUAUAGGAUCCUCAUCUCAUUUAGAUGUUUUACUCUUCGUUAUCAUUUCGUUCUCUUGUUUUUACAAUUGUAAAUUACUGUAUAGCAGCGAUUUGGAGUGGUCGAAGAAGAAGAAGCAGAAGAAGAAGAAGAGGAGGGAGGAGAAAUGGUAGUCGAGAGUUAAUGCGAAGAGCCGUUGUAUAUGAGUUCCUAAGCCGUAAUCCAUGUUCGUGAAUUUGUUUACUGUUUUCAUGUGCUUCGAUAUGCGUGUGGUAUGUACUUUAAAUGUGUAUAAAUCUGUGCAAUGUAAGCUAAAUACUACUUAAUCUACGUAUACGUAAUAAACCUAUAUAUAUAUAUAUAUAUAUAUAUAUAUACACAUAAAUGGAUAACUAUGCAAAACACCUAUAAAUAACUGUAACAACAUACAAAACAACUUUUUUUUGUCUAGUCCAUAAAGCUUUACCACUUAAGUGAAUGACAGCAUUAUUGGCUACGAGUUUCAGCAUCACUGAAUCGAGUCGAUGGUUUUAGCAGGAGCAGUUACAGCUCAUAGUCGAACUGUGACUUGUCAACAGUCUCAACCCGAUCUAAUAGCAUUCUAUAGAACUCCCACACACACACACACAUACAGUAUCGCUAACUCCAAGAUCUUACAAUGUUGUCAAAUGAAAGAAAAUAAAAAUAAAAAUAAA